CCUCUCCAGCACUCCUGUCUACUCACCGAGCAGCACCCCGCUUGCCAGCACCCAGGCCACUGGGUCUUCUAGCGCUGCUUCCAGCGCUGCUAUUUCGACCCCUGCUGCUUCUAGCGCUGCUGUCUCCAGCGCUGCUUCUAGCGAUGUUAUCUCAACCCCCGCUGCUUCUAGUGCUGCUGUCUCGACUCCUCGUUGCUUCUCUCUCUGCUUCUAGCUCUGCUGUCCCGACUCCUGCUGCUUCCAGUGCUGCCUCCAGCGAUACUAUCUCAACCCCUGCUGCCUCUAGUGCUGCCUCUAGCUCUGCUGCUUCAAGUGUCGCUUCUCCCUCUGCUUUUAGCUCUGCUAUCUCGGCUCCUGCUGCUUCAAGCGCUGCUUCUGCCUCUGCUUCUAGCUCUGCUGUCUUGACUCCUGCUGCCUCUAGCGCUGCUGCUUCAAGCGUUGCUUCUGCCUCUGCUUCUAUCUCUGCUAUUUCUACCCCCGUCGCCUCCAGCGCUGCCUCUAGCUCCGCUAUCUCCAACCCUACCUCCAGCACUGCUUCUAGUGUUGCUUCCUCCCCUGCUGCCUCCGGCUCUGCUGCCUCUAGCUCUGUCGCUUCCAGCGCCCCUAGUUCUUCCGGAUACCCCAACUCCUCCGGCGUUUCUCCGUCCAGCUCUCCUAUCGCUUCGAGUGUACCCUCUACCUCUGUCUCAUCCCGCAGACCGUUCCCUACCAUCAGCGUCCCUUACAACGUUACGCUUCCCCACACUCAGACAAUCGUGAGUGGUAGUCAGCCAACUGGUACUGGUUCUGGUUCGGGUAAUGGAUCUGGAUCUGGCAAUGGCUCUGGCAGCGGCUCAGGUUCUGGCUCUGGCUCUGGCUCUGGCUCUGGCUCUGGCUCUGGCUCUGGCUCUGGCUCUGGCUCUGGCUCUGGCUCUGGCUCUGGCUCUGGUUCGACCUCUGGCUCGGGCUCUACCUCUGCGGAUCUGGCAGCGGAUCUGGCUCUAGCUCUGGUUCUGGCUCUGGUUCCGGUUCUUCCUCUACUUCUGGAUCUGGCAAUGGAUCUGGUAGCGGAUCUGGCUCUACCUCUGGCUCGGGCUCUACCUCUGGCAGCGGAUCUGGGUCUGGAUCUGGAUCUGGCAAUGGAUCCGGCUCGGGCUCGGGCUCUACUUCUAGCUCAGGCUCUACCUCUGGCUCGGGCUCUACCUCUGGCAGCGGAUCUGGGUCUGGAUCUGGAUCUGGCUCCAGCUCUACUUCUGGCUCGGGCUCCACCUCUGGCUCGGGCUCUACCUCUGGCAGCGGAUCUGGCUCUAGCUCUACCUCUACCUCAGGCUCUGGUUCUACCUCUGGCUCUGGUUCUACCUCAGGUUCCGGUUCCAGCUCUGGCUCUGAUUCUAGCUCCGGCUCUGGCUCUAGCUCUACUUCUAGCUCUGGCUCUGGCUCCAGCUCCUCAAGCUCCGGAUCUGAUUCUGGCUCUACUUCUAGCAGCUCUGGCUCUAGCAGCUCUGGCUAUAGCAGCUCUGUCUCUAGCAGCUCUGGCUCUACCUCCACCUCUGGUUCAAGCUCCGGCUCCGGCUCUACAUCUGGUUCCAGCAGCUCUGGCUCUACCUCUGGAGGCGGCUCUAGCUCUAGCAGCGGCUCUAGCUCUGGCAACACCUCUGCCUCUGGCAGCAGCUCCGGUUCUGGCUCCGGUUCUGGCUCCACCUCUGCCUCUGGCAGCGGUAAUGAGAGUGGCUCCAGCUCAGGUACCGGCAAUGGCUCUGGGUCCGGCUCUGGCAGCGGUAGCGGCAGUGGGACUGUCACAACUGCAUCCACCGGGGCUCUGACCACUACGGCGGUGAUCACCACCUCAUAUGUUGACAUCUGCUCCACUGGCUUCACGACAAUUACCAAGACCUACACCACGACGUACUGUCCUGAAACCGCGACUGCGACCGCGACCGCCUCUGCGACUGUCGCCGAGGGCUGGACCACGAUUGUGACCGUCUGCACGCAGUGUGCCGCCACACCCACGACGGUCACGC